CUUCCAAUGCAAUAACAGGAACAGUUUGGGGUUUUUGGUGCCAAUAGAAGCGAUUAGUCGUCUUUCACUGUAAUUUUCUCAGUUAACUGUAUGAUUCCCGUUAACAUUACCACCAAUUUCCAAAAGAACUUCCCCUCACUCGUUGUUGACUUUGACUGUCAGCUGACUAUCUACUAGGUUCGAGUAGAUCGUUAUCAGAGACAUUAUAUAUGCGACCGAGGGGAAACUUUCACUUGGAGUGGAACAUUUCUUUUAGUCGGAUGUACAUCGUCGGAGUAUUUGUGUCAAAGCAGCUGACCUGCUGCUGAUAUCUGUUGGCUUAUGUUUCCUUAGGAAGAUACGGCGACCUCACUUGACCUGGUGUGGUUUCCCAUGCUAAGACGUUUAAGAAGUUUCCUCCGUCCCAGAGCAUAGAUGCAUGGGAGCGUUGUAUCAGCCUAUGACAUCAUCCUUUGUUGAAGAGUACAUUUCUAACUUUAUUUUAACAUUCAUUAUAACGUUUAUAGAUUUUUUUCUGCAAGCCAUGUAAAAAUGGGAAGCUGUCAAAUACAUGUAUAUUUAACAUGGAAAUGGAUUUGGGCAAAAACUAUAUAUUGACAUUAAAAAGAAUGCAAACAUUAAAACUUUAAUUUGACCAAUUAUAACUUUUCGUUGGCGAUACGCUGGCAGUCUUUCCUGAUGCGUUACAUGCAGUGGGCUGUAAGUGACUUAAAAUGUGCCUUUGGAGCACAGCCGUGCCUUCAGGGUGAAACCAUUUAACUGGUGAGAAAGUCUCAUUCAAAUCUAAUUUUAGGUUUUAUUUUUUAUAUUUGCUUAAUAACAUUCUUUCAGCUUUCUAGAUGCAAAACUCGAGCAACUCUACACCAAAACAAGACACUGGAACAUUCGCCCUCAGCUGUGGGAAACAAACUAAUUUAGUAAACCAAAAGGUUUUUCCUGUCAUGUUUAAUAAAAUAGGAUAAUUUCACAUUAUCUCACAUUAACUUUUCUUUGACUUUUGUGUUUGAAAAGCCUUUAAAAAGAUUGUUCACGGCUGUUAACAGCCCUUAAAGCUGUUUAUGACAUCAUGUUUUGGGAAUUUGUGUCAUGAUUUUAUUGAGUAAACUCGCAUAAAAAAACACUAUAUACGCUGGAAAGAGCAGGUGAGGAGCGUAAAGGGUUUUCUUUGUAAACAUCACAUGAAAGCUUUAAAUACCACUAUAAAGAAACUUGUGGCUCAUUAUCUGGAAACAUUAGAUUCUACAAUAAAGCUACUGCUUUAAAAACACGAAAACCCCUUUUUUUUAGACAUCAUUGUUGACCUGUUAAAGCAUUUGAACAACAACACUUUAAAGAAUGUGAGGAAUUUUUUCAUGUGAGGAAGACGUCCAUCUGUUGAACCUUAUCCUCUUCUGGACAAUGGUGCCCAGAUGUUUGGGACCACGGCACAGCGGAUGUUCACUGCUGAGUGUUGGAGCUGGUGGUGAUGGGGGCGCCGGGGUCGUACUACUGGACCGGGACGAUCAAGGUGUACAACCUGACUUCUGACUCGUUCUACAGCCCCAACAAAGAAGACGUCGACUCCCACAGAUACAGUUACCUUGGCUACGCCGUGACUGCCGGACACUUCUCUUCUCCUAACGUAAUCGACAUCGCUGCAGGGGCGCCUCAGCACAGCGGCAGUGGAAAAGUUUACGUUUUCAAAAUCGACGGCGUAUCUUUGGUGAAGAGCUUUCAAGCCUCAGGAACAAUGAUGGGCUCUUACUUUGGCUCCUCAUUGUGUGCAGUUGAUCUGAACCAGGACGGCUUGUCGGACCUACUGGUGGGGGCACCCAUGCACAGCCAGCUCCGGGAUGAGGGCCAGGUGUCUGUGUACCUCAGCAAGGGCAAUGGGGUGAUGGAGGAAGGAGGUGUUUUGAGUGGUGAUAAUGCUUUCAAUGCACACUUCGGAGAAUGCAUUGCGGCAAUUGGAGACAUUGAUGAUGACGGAUAUCAAGAUGUCGCCAUAGGAGCCCCUAAAGAGGAUGACUACGGAGGAGCCGUCUAUAUCUACCACGGGGACGCCACAGGGAUCAUCAGCAAAUACUCCAUGAAACUGUCUGGGCGCAGUGUGAACCCUGGUCUGCAGAUGUUUGGCCAGUCAAUCUCCGGCAGUGUGGACAUGGAUGGCAACGGAUACGCAGAUGUCACUAUUGGAGCGUUCAUGUCGGAUAGCGUGGUCCUGCUGAGAACCCGGCCUGUCAUUACGGUGGACGUCUCCAUCUUCCUGCCCGUCUCCAUCAACAUCUCGGUGCCGCAGUGCCACGAGGGCCAGCACAACCUAAACUGCUUCAACGUAACCGUCUGCAUGCGCUUCAGGGGAAGGCAGCUGCCGGGACAGAUAGAGCUGCUGUACAACAUAACGGCCGAUGUGGAUAAGCGACAGAAGAGCCAGCCGGCCCGCGUCUACUUCACUCAAAGCGGAUCUCAGAUCAACCAGAUGAGCCAGCAGAUCAGCCUGGACAUCAACCGGGAGGAGUGCCGGCGCUACACUGCCUACGUUAAGAAGGACGUGAAGGACGUGUUCACGGCCAUCGCCUUCGAGGUGGCGUACGGCCUGGGGAAGCACGUGCUGUCGGCACACGAGGAGCGAGACCUGCCCGCGCUCACGCCGGUGCUACGAUGGAGGAAAGGAAACAGGAUCGCGGCGAGAAAUGAGACUUUGUUCGAGAAGAACUGCCUGUCAGACGACUGUGCUGCAGACCUCCGGCUCCAUGGGAAACUUUUGCUCUCUGGGUUGCACAGCAAACCCCAUCUGGCCCUUGGCGGAGUGAAGAAUGUCUCUUUGAACCUGACCAUCUCUAACGCUGGGGACGACGCCUACGACACCAACAUCUACUUCAACUUCUCCAGAGAAGUUUUCUACAUCAACUUCUGGCAGAAGGAAGAGAAGGGUAUUUCCUGUGGAUUUGUUGAUUUGGACUUCCUCAAAUGCAGCGUGGGAUUUCCCUUCAUGAGAGCGCAGACUAAGUAUCAUUUUGCAGUGAUUUUUGACACGAGUCAGCUUUCUGGAGAAAAUGACACGUUACACUUCGCAGUUCAGGCAAAAAGCGCCAAUCCUGAGCACAACCUCUCUGACAACAGUUUGGAUCUGUCCAUCCCGCUGGUUCACGAGACCGACACAACGAUCACUGGUGUGGUGACACCGAGCUCCUUUGUCUACGGGAACUACAUCGACGCCUCUCGCUUCAUCCAGUUGGAAGACAUGGAGUGUGACUUUCAGCCUCUUAAUCUCACAUUCCAGGCCAUAAACAAGGGUCCCAGCAGGUUGCCCGGCUCCACUGUUGACAUCAGGAUACCCAACCGGCUGGCUGGCAGCGGAGCCGACAUGUUCCACGUCAUUGAAACACAGGUAACCGAGGGCCGAGGGAACUGCACCCCUCACAGGAACCCGACACCGUGCAGCAUCCCCCAGGACAAAGACAGCAUCUUCCACUCCAUCUUUGCCUUCUUCACCAAAUCGGGACGCAAGGUCUUAGACUGUGACCGGCCUGGAAGAGCUUGUAUGACCAUCUCCUGCAGUCUGGGCCCACAAUUAAAAGAAGAAGCUCUGAGCAUAGAUAUAAAGCUUCUACUCAAUAUUGAAAUCCUUAAGAGGGACAGUUCCUCUGUGGUCCAGUUUGUGACGAGAGGCAGCGUGCAAGUGAAUGACAGGGCGGUCGAGGUGCCAAAUGGCCUGCCAGAGGACAUUUCGCUGGUGUUCGAGGCGCUCCACAGUCAGGAACCGAGGGGUUACGUAGUCGGCUGGAUCAUUGCCAUCAGUCUCCUGGUGGGAAUCCUCAUCUUUUUGCUGCUAGCGGUGCUUCUCUGGAAGAUGGGAUUCUUCCGUCGGCGCUACAGAGAGAUCAUCGAGGCUGAAAAGAACAGGAAGGACAGUGACGAAAGCUGGGACUGGAUGGAAAAGAACCACUGAGACUUGCAGUGGGGGUCCCGCAGGAGCCAAUGAGAUUAGGGAUUGGGUCGAGAAAGGUCCAAUAGCACGUGGUCUCGCAGCCCAGCCGCCCCAGUGGCCCUGCAGUCUUCCAUAUGUGGAAGAGAAGAAUAUUCUCCAUAUUUUUUGGAGACUUUUUUUUUUUUUGUGUGUGGGAGGAAUCAGGCUUCAGAAACGACAUUGUGGUUUGCCAGAGGACACUUGCAGUGGAAUCCGGCCAGCGAGAGCGGAGCUGGAUGUCGAUGGAGACCCACAGCCUUGCAGGGUUGUGGCGACAGCGUGAAAUACUGAUGGACGAUAAAACCCUCAGGGCUGUUUUACAUAGCAACUUUAUUUUUCUACAUACACUUUAAGCCAUAUUGUAUAAACCUGGGCUUCAAGAAGAGGAGGGGUUUUGACGGGCCAUUAUAAACAUACUGUAUCUCAGUAUGUUUUCCUAAAAGCACUGAUGUUUGAUAAGAAUGAAGGCCUUGGCUCCAUGGCUCUACUGUUACGCCAAAGAUAUGUCCUGUUUUUAGUAUAUGAUUGGAGUCGUCUGUAUAUUCAGUUAUUCCUUGGAGUGAAAGAUUCUAUCUUUUCUCUACUCUAUUUCCGAGCUUAUGAAUAUCUGGCUUACACAUCUGACUCCCGCUUCCUCCCACCAAUAACAAGCCAGAGCUAAUUCGGGGUUUCGGACCCACACACACACACACAACAAUUGUCCUCGCGUCAUCCGUUGGGGUUGUCAGGGAGGUCGGAGAGGCGCUGAGGACCCAGCAAACCCACUCUGAGGUCAUUGGGAUCUGGCCCGCAGUCGAGUCUUCAUUAACACUUCAUUUGCCACGUUUCCUCUACUAUCCACGCCUGAAGCGGUGGUGAAUCAGAAAUUCAGAUUUCAAGCUUUGAGAUUAUUUCUAAGCAUUCCAUUUGGUUUAUGGUCUGGCUUUGAAACAUUUGUGUUUAGGUCUCAAAAGCGGAUGUACCAAAGUGAUUUUGUCUGUUACAUUUGGAUGCACAAAGGCUGAGAAGGUGCAACGUGUGGGAGGAGAGCGAAUUAUCUGCCAGGAUCUGUUGCUCAGGUAUGCAGCUGACUUUUUUUCAAUGGCCCCCCAAAGGCUUCCAGGUUCAAGUGAAGACUCAAGUGUUGUAAGAUAUGAAUCCUAUCCUCUGGGACAUUAGUCCUGAUCAUUUUGUGUUCCCCAAAACAUUUGCAGACUUCUUCGAAGCGGACGAUAUUGUAUUUAACUAUUAUUUUAUAGGCAUUUAGUGUGAAAUUUGACAUACGUUGCGCUCCAUAGCCAGUUGAAAGUCUGGGAUGGGAGUCCACCUUCAGUCAUUUACUGGGGCCAUGGCAUGAGUAAUGCCCUAAAAGUAGGUGGGAUUUAAUCACUUCACAUGAACGAGCUCUUUGGAACUCAUGGGAAAAGCUCAUUUUAAGUCAACAUGAAGGAAUGUCCGCUCCCCAAAAAUCUGCCACUCUUAAAGUUCAGAGCUUCUCAGUACUCAAAUGUUACCCUCUCUGUUCGCAAGUCUCUAAAAGCUGUGGUUCAUUGUGAAUGGAAGUUUACAGACCACAGUGAAUUACAUUUUAUUUUAAAGGUCCCUGAAUUAAUACAUUUAUUAAGUAUUUUAUACAUUUGCGCAGCUUUAUCUCAAAUAAAUAUGGAGAAAGAAACGGGACAAUAAUUCAUUAUAUCAAAACUGAUAUUUCACAGUAGUCUGCAGUCAGGUUAAAAUGUGCAAUGCCAAAGAACUAAAAUUAUAUUUUGAAAGUUUUCACACGACGGUGCUAACGCACUUCAUGGCUCACUGUGAUUGCUUGGUUUUCUGUUUUGUGCUGCACAAACCUUUUAAUGAUCCGGUUUAUUUUAUCAUUUAAUUCCACUGGCACGACAGCAUAUACUGUACACAUUCACGAUUUUCUUAAACCAAUGCUAUGCUUUUAUGCAGAGGAACCAACACAAUUCUAUGAUUGACGACAUUUGAACUGUGAUGACGUCAAUCGCACCGUUAUUUGGGGUUUUUGUUCUCCGUAUACUACUGUCACUGAAUAUCAUUUUCAUUAUAGUGUGAUGUAGUGUGUAUGUUUGAUGUUAAAAGUCAUGUUGGAGCUGUAUAUUUAUCUGUUGAUAAAAAAUGGAGUGAAAUUUCA